GUUGUUAAUUCAAAGGCAAAUGAAAUGGAGCCCAACAGUAGUGCUUCUCUCGGUCUCGGGGACACUUUGGUUCACAGUACAGGCAUGAAGGAGGAACUUAUGUCGGGAAUGAAAGACAUGCAUCCUUCCAAGGACUCUUCUAAUGGGAGCGUAGGAACACCGGACAGCAUCAGCGACCUGGAUAAACCUUCCAAACAAAAACGGCACCGGACACGCUUCACUCCAGCUCAGCUCAACGAACUGGAACGCAGCUUCGCCAAGACACACUACCCGGAUAUAUUCAUGAGGGAAGAAUUAGCAUUGAGAAUCGGACUGACGGAAUCCCGGGUUCAGGUUUGGUUCCAAAACCGACGUGCUAAAUGGAAGAAAAGGAAGAAGACCACCAAUGUAUUCCGAACACCAGGAGCCCUGCUUCCUUCUCCUGGGUUAUCUCCCUUUGGACCAAUGAAUGACACAUUCUGUACAUUCCAUCCAUCAGACACGAGGUGGUCCGGAAUGUCCGGAAUGUCCGGAAUGUCCAACAUGGGUUCCCCGAUGAACGGAAACCCUCUGACACUAUCGUCCUCGUUACCGCGACAAGGAAUAGCUCAGUCUGUCGGACCGCAGAUGUCAAUUUCCGGACUUGGUGACGUCACUCUGGGAAACAGCAUGGGCAUGAAUGGGGGUGCGGGUUUAUAUAGCACGGGUUACGGUAUGACCCCCGCGAGCUGUUCGUCACAGCUCACCGGCUCCUCCUCACCUACCCUCCCUAACACUCAGAUGUCGUGCGGAAUGCAGGAAAUGGGCGAAACUUGGCGGGGAUCAAGCAUAGCUACGCUGAGACGAAAGGCGUUAGAACAUACAGUCACUCUCACGGGAUUUAGAUGAAAAUAACGCAGACGUGACAUUAUUAUUUAAGUUUCUGUAACAUCUUGAUUGGAUUAAGAUAUGAGAUAUACAGGAUCUGUGACGUCAUUACUUUUAUGAAUAUCUGAAAAACUCAGUUGUGACAUAAAGCUGCUAGACUACUUAAAGCAUAAGUGUCGCCGUACCAACGUUAACGAGACGCUAGUCUUGCAGAACGUCACUACGGAUGACGUCAUGAUGUCAUUGACGACACAGAAAUUAAUUCUUGCCAAUAUUGAUGACGACGGUGCAAUGGAGUCCAGAGUGCUACGUAUGGUUAAGUGUUUGUACACAUUCGUUCUGUUUCGUAUUUAUUGUUUGUCGGAGAGGAAAUUGACUUGGCACGUGGAUCAGAGAGGAUUUAUUUAUGUAUUCCCAAGCCGGAACUCGGACUCUUCACCAGUAGGGUCGGACGCUGCAAAUGUUACUAGGUGAUCAAACAUUCCUUGUCGCUUAGUGACUGGUAUUAUUCCUCGUUGCUAGGUUGCAGAUGUCAUUCCUUGUUGCUAGGUAACCGAUGUCAUUCUCGUUGCUUGGUGAUUACGAGCACCUAAUUUCCCCUGGGGUUGUGCAAUGGACGAUAGUGUGUAUUAUACUAUAUAAACUAUAUUCAGCAGGAGCGCUUUGAAGAUUAUAUAAGUACAUUGUUUAGUUUAUUUUGUCCGUCCAUUGAAAACGGUUCCUAACAUACGAUGUGUCGGUUUUCGAUACAUCAAAAGACAAACCAGAUACGUUUUGUGUAUCUGGGAUAUUGUCAAAAACGUUGAAAAGCAUGGUUUUGUUUAAAAACAAAUUGAUAAUUCAAAAUAAUUAACAGAAAGGCAACUUAUAAAACAAAUUGAUAAUUCAAAAUAAUUAACAGAAAGGCAACUUCUAACUCCUGUGCCAAGAAGCUGAAUUCUAAAAGAGAAAGAAAUAGAAAUACAAAAUAUAUUUGAAUUACAAAAGAUGUCAUAAACAGGAAAUAAGGAAUCGUUUUUUAUAGGAGAGCUACCUGACAAGCUAUCGGUCACUGUAUUCUGUGUUAAGAUAACACGUGUUUAAUUUUAAUGAUACCUGCUGAUGCAAGGUCGUUUUAAGGUAUGGAUUUUUAAAUGGAAAUAAUUGUCACGCUAAACACAUUCCUUGUACACCAUGUUGAAUGUGGAAUUUACAAAAUAUAUUUAAACGAAUUUAAAUAUAAUCGACAUUAUUUAAAACUGUACACGAGUAUCCUUUUUUUUAUUACUGUACAAUUAAGUUAAGGGUUGGGUAGUGUAACAGAUUUAUAUUUAGGUAAAGUAAGAGAACGAGAUGGCGAACCAUAUUUAGUACCGUUUCACCACUGACAGACUCCUGUCUGUAAAAUUAAUGAAAUUUUGACUACUUAAAUUUCAUAAAUGUCAUAAAUGAACAACCAUACUUCCUUACAAUAUUUGUACAUGGUUCGGUGUAGUUCUAACCGAAUGUACUGAUUGUCUAUGACUGAACAUUUACUGUCUGUAUCUUAUAUUUAGAUAAGAAUUUAUUAUAUGGUAGACUUAUGAAUUACAAUGCUAAGGACAUAUCGAAUCCUGAAAUAUCUAACAAUUCACAGUGUGAAUUUGAAAAAAUACCUGCUGUUUAGAAAAUAUCUCGAAAAAAAUUGGGAAAUUGAAAGUGAAAAAAAUCCUGCAUUGAGUUUACGUUGUAAUUGAAUGAAUGUCCGUAUACGAUUACUUCAUAUAAUUUUGUUUAUUGAAAUACGGGCGUUUUGUAUACCAUGUUUUAAAGUGAACUGUUAUAACAUAAUUUGGUUGGUAUUGUAUUAUAUGUGUGUCAAUAAAAUUAGCAGAUUUCUUUAUAGAAAAAUACCCAUCUUUCAUUGUCUUAU